AUGUCGUUUCUCAAGCAGCUGCGCCGCCGCUCGAAAGCGAGCUUCCAUGCGGCCGACUCCAAGAGCGCCUCGCAUAAGGUGGAAGUCGUCUCGGGCAAAUCCACCUCUACGAUCGACACCUCCUCCCACACCUCCAUCACCCCGCCCUCCUCGAUCAAGCCCACGCUCUCCUCACCCAAUCUUCCCUCGUUAGUCGAAUCCAAUGACGGCAGCACCCCGAGCACACCUCUCCCGCCCGCCCCACAACGGCCAGGACCUUUCGUGACCCAUCCGCAGCGGAACAGCGUCGUGGGCAGCUCUUCCUCAUCGAUCAAUGGGUUAUACCGCUCGCCGACACCAAGCUCGCCUUACGUGCCAAGACUGGUGUCGAUCGCUGACAACUCGUGGGUCCAUCAAAAAGUCCUGCUUAUAUACGGCCAGAUUGGAGAUCCGCGACAUCACUCGCUGGAUGGAACGAUCACGGUCUAUCACCAUCAAGAUAAUUUCCCGUCGAUCGGCUGGCCCGUCACGGCCUCGCACUUCAAAACCUUAGUGCACCUCGUUCCUGGUCCCAAUCGCCUGCGUUUCGACUUCGUGUCACCGAAGCUAUCCUCGGGGAGCACUCAGCCGGUCAUCCACUCGGCCUGGAUUUGCAUCAACUACCUCCCGCUGGUCAACUCCCCGCCGUUGCAUCUGGUCGUUCUACUCGGUAAGGAUUCGGACGGAACCUACGACGCGGUUCCUGAGAGAGCGGAGCGCGAAGGGAAUGGCCUGGAGACGGCAAUUCGAAAGUACCGAACAGCGGCCUAUUUAUGGCAAGCAUUCACAGGGGAGCAAAUGUUCCGCAACAAUUUUGGGCGGCGUUGCUUUCGUUUCGAGGAGGAGUGGCAGUCGGGCAGUCUCAGUCGACGCGAUUCAACGAUGGGACAGAUGCGCAAUGAAGCGAAGAUCCACGUGAUUCGCACCGAGAAAACAGUAGCCGAACUACGGGAUCUCAACAUCGCGCAACAGUGUGACGCCGCCCAGAAAAAGGAUGAGCUGUUUGCCAUCGCCAAGGACGCUGUGCGAAAGCAUUUCAGCCCACAGCCUGGCCAAAAACAAUAUGUCUCUGUUCUCCUGCUCGACUCUCAUUGGGAUACGCAGGCACAGACUAUUACGGGCCAUGCCGCCCUGGGCUCAGAUGACGACGAUAUCAAGAUGGCCAUUUUCGGAUCCCACUGCCUCCAAAGUUAUCCUUCAUGUCUCGAAGAGGUGGUGGAUGCAUUUUCGGACUGCACUCGAACGGAUACUAAUUAUGUGGCGAACGACUGUGGUGACGCCGGGUCCAACUGGGAAUCCGCGAAUCUGGGGAUUGGGGCGCACCUGCAUGAGGUCGGACAUCUUUUCGGGUGCCCACACCAGGAAUCCGGUGUUAUGCUCCGGGACUAUGUGCGUUUAAAUCGGACCUUCUUGAUCAAGGAGCCUUUCUGUACUCGCACCAAGGCACCGGGGCUGAAGGUAUGCUUACCGAAUGAUGAGUGUGGAUGGCAUCGCUUGGAUGCGCUCCGUUUCCGCUUUCAUCCUUGCUUCCGCCUUCCUAGCGACAGCUCCGCGAUCAACGAUGACAGUGUUCAAGUGUGGCCGGUGGAACACGGAAAGAUUUUGUUUACGGCCUCCUCAGGCAUUGCAUUUGUGGAGCUAUAUGCGGAGGGUGACAGCGUUUGUCGUCAUUUCAUCGAAUAUGUGAACAGCGAGUCAAGCAGCAACGGUCUUCCAAAACAAGUCACCAUCACCGAGAACGAGCUGCGGCAACAAGUGUUUGGCAGUGAAAAGGAGAAGAAGAAGAAGAUCCGGAUGGUGGUCUUCUCGGGUGCUCUGGGAAGCUACACCGUUGAGGACGUGGGCGCUUUGAAGUCCAAGGAUUCUUUGGUCAAGCUUCCGAAAGGCCAGUCCGGCUAUAAAAGUGGUACGCUGGGCUGCUCCACGAUGGAAGGCAGCGAGCCCGAGCAAUUACUUCUUGAAUGUGCAUUUAUUAAGACCAAACUCUUGACGUCUGUGAAGGUAUACCACGGAUCUGCAGUGGAUGGGAUUGAAUUCUGCUACGAAGACUCGACCAGCCAACUGUUUGGCAAGCGGGGCGGUAAACCUGGUGGUGACGAGUUCGUUCUCGACACCCGCCGUGGGGAGAUUCUGCUUGGGUUCUAUGUCCGAGCUGGGCUCUGGAUUGAUGGAAUCGAGAUUCUUACCAGCCUGGGGAGGAAGUCCGGCUUCUAUGGAAACGCCGCUGGCGGAUCAGGCCACACCUUGAUCCCGCCGCUCGGAUAUAAGAUUGCCGGAGUCGCAGGCUCCAGUGCCUCUUGGAUCGAUGGUCUCUCUCUUAUCAUCCAACAUUGA